AAUGACUGGGACGCCAACGACAAUAAGGCCCUCGUUAUGCUCAUUUUGGCCGUCCACAAUGACCUCACCAUGUCUGUCACCAGCUGCGACACCGCUAUAGAAGCCUGGACACACCUGGCUGGACGUUUCAACCAAGACACAGGCAAUAUGUCUAUUGCCCUCUUCCGCAGCCUGACUAACCUUAGGUACAACAACAGUAAUGACCUUUAG